AUGAAUCCCUUCACACGGCCCAACGCCGCCUGGCACCUGGUCGGCCUUGCGUCCGAAUUCCCGAGCAUUGAUGAUGAUGCCCGGAUUAUGCCAAGAUGCAAAGCUUUCAAUAUCCCCAAGACAAACGACACCAUAGAGCCAGUCGAAGAUAUUGACCUACCAGGAGAACUGAAAGACCAAGUGCUCGUGUUCAAAUACAAGGGCAAAUAUCAUGCCAUUGAUCAUCAAUGUCCCCACUCGUCGUUCCCACUUUCACGGGGCAACCUCUUUGAUAUUGAAGACUUUGGCAUCGUGCUGAGCGCAGGUCUCACAUGUCCGAAGCAUGGGUGGUCGUUUGAUAUAUUCUCUGGGCGCGCUGAUCGUGGUAACUACACACUCAAGGUGUGGGAGGUGCAGCUGCGCGACUCGUCGGCACCUGGGAGUACAGACCAAGAGGUUUGGGUGAGGCGGAAACAAAGAAUUGGUUAA